CACCGGAUCUGCCGGGUGUUCUCCACCUCGGACAAUGGAGACCACAGCAUGUCCUUUGAAGACUUCCUCGAUAUGCUGAGCGCCUUCAGCGACUCCGCCACGUUGGACGUCAAAUCCUACUACGCCUUCCGCAUCUUUGACUUCGACGAUGAUGGGAUUCUGGACAGAAAGGACCUGGAGAAACUGGUGAACUGCCUGACAGGGCAAGACGAAGAGUCCCAGCUGAGCAGUGCGGAUAUGGAGCAGCUCAUCCAAAACAUCCUGGAGGAGUCUGACAUCGACAAAGACGGCACCAUCAACCUCUCUGAAUUCCAGCACGUCAUCUCCCGCUCCCCGGACUUUGCCAGCUCCUUCAAGAUCGUCCUCUGA